CGUGAUUUAGUCAAGCAGACUUAAGUUGUUUUUGGAUAAUGUUGAACAUGCUAGUUUCUUUCAUGUAAAAUGAACUUGAUCAAAUUAAAAAAAACAAAGUCAAUGUAAUCGAGUUUAGUCCCACCCGGAAAUGGAAAACAUUCAAAUAUCGCCAGGACAUGUCAUUAACCACUCCGGAACAGAAGUUGGCGCUGAUGCGCCGAUCUUUGGAUGGCAAAUAACCAAGAAGAAGAUCACUAAGCCCGCGAAAGUUGGCUCGUGGAAAAAAUUGCCAUACUCUGCGGCAGCAAGCCACGGACCAGUCACCGAAAAAGUUCACCGUCUACAUCAUACAUAUUCAGAAGGCUCUAUAGAUUAGGUGCAGGGAAUGUGGAGUUGUAAGGGGUGCACAGAAACUGUAGCAAAGUGGCUUUGAAGAUGGAUACUCCUGUGAUCCUAAAGAUCAUAUUGACUGAUGGCAGCUCUCAGAGGUUGACACUCUCACAUGGACUCCCUGAAACAGUUGAUGACCUUAUUGUUGAAGUAAAGAGACAAUGUGGACUUCAGGGCAACUUAAAACUUCAAUUCAUGGACUCCUUGUUUGGAAACGAGUUUCUCAACUUAACCUCAAUGUCAGAGGUGGAAGACAGAGGCACUCUUAGAGUUAUUGAUAUGUCAAGGCCCACCACUAUGCAACAUGAUGAUAACUCUACUGUGCUUAAUUCAGUCCUACACCCCCAAGCAUCAAGUCCUUGCUCAACAACUGGCUCUUCAUCACGGCCAGGUGAACUUGUGGAUACAGACAUACUGUCAUCAAGUGAGUCUACAAGCUCACGGUCCUCCUGGCCAGCUGUGUUUCAUGUACCUAAGUUCUCCUAUGACACAGAGUUAAAACUUCAGCAGGCAGGUUUAGUUUACAUUCAAAAUGGCACUGCACUUAUUCCAGAUCCCAAGUUGAAGUCAGCUAUUCUUGAUGGAUUAGUGCAGCAAAUUGUGCAGUAUAAAGUGUAUGUCACUGAUAAGGAGAUGGAACAGGUAGCCCAGAGUCUCAUCAAGAGACAUGCAUGUUUAACUGAGAAGGGCUCCAGCACUGGAUGUGGUGGAUGGAAAAUGAGUUUAAAAUAUAAACUGUCUAACUAUCGCACACAUCUGAGAAAACUUGGAUGCCCAGAAGUGACGGUGAACUCCAUAAAAAACAAACCUGCUGGAAAGCACAGUGCAGCUUUUGGCAUCAAAAAGGCAAAGAGAGCAGAAGUUAAUUUUUGCCCAACAUACCCAUCAGCAGAAACUGAGGAGAGUCUAGAAGCCAUGCGGAAAGCUUUACUCUUGGAUGUAAGGAAGAGGAACAACCGAGAGGUUGUCAAGCUCAACAUGGAAAAGACUUUUGCAUUGAGAAGACAUGAGGUUGUUCGUGAUGCACCGAUGGUGGAUGAUUUCAUGGCGAGAUGGCCUGCUUUGUUUGAAGUCAGUGAGGUAAGGCUGAUCUCAUGCUGGGUUUUCAUUUUAGAUUUGCUGUUGAUUAAAUGAAAAGCUUGUAUGCACUGGCAAAUUGCUAAUGUACCUGAUAGCACAUUGUUUGUAUGUGCUUCAUCUUCAUUUGUUUUUGUAUACAAAAACAAAUGACAGGAGCGCCCUGCUGGUUUUAAGAGCCAACUGCAAAAUCCUAAUCAAAGAUCCUUUAUUUGUGUCAAGAGUGCUACUCUGUUUUGAAGGAUGGACUGUUCAAUCACUGCUGCUUUUAAGGCUCUUGAGUAAAAACAUGAGCCAAAGAUUCUUCAUACGACAAGAACACCCCAGUGGGUGUAGCAAAAACACAAAAAUCCGCUAUUUGACAGGAGUCCUUUGCUGCAAAUACACGAGUCAAAGAUUCUCCAUAUUCUCCACAGAAGAACUCUAGUGGUUUUACGGAAGGACAGCAAACACACUCAUCAGAUAUCCUGCAAAUGUAUGAAGAGUUCUCUUCUGUUUUGAAGGACGGACUGCACCAAAAAACACCAAAGAUCAAAGAUCUUGAAAAUGACAGGAGCAUCCUGCUGGUUUUAAAAGCCUCGUGCAAAACUCGUCAACAAAAAUCGUCCACAUGACAGGAGCAGUUGGUGCUUUUAAACAUGAAGCAAAGACAGGAGUGUUCUGCUCUUUUUAUGAAUGUACUGCAAAAAGGUUGUGGAAUCUUUCCCCAUGGUUUCCCUUUACAAGUAAGCCAACUACAAUCACAUUCAUGAACAAAUAUUGUCAAAUUAAAAUGGAAUUAAUGAUUGAUUAAAUUGCCCAUCCUCACUUUUAGGUUAGUGUGCAGGCCUCACAGCUAGGAGACCGAUUCCACCGAUAUGAGUUUGAUUCCACCCUCGGGCAUCUCUGUGUGGAAUUAGCAUGUUCUCCCCGUGCAUGCGUGGGUUUUCCCCGGGUACUCCGGUUUCCUCCCACAUUCCAAAAACAUGCUAGGUCAGGGGUGCUCACACUUUUUCAGCAUGCGAGCUACUUUUAAAAUGACCGAGUCAAAAUGAUCUACCCACUACAAAAAUGCAAAACAUCUAUUUAUUGUCAAAUGUAUUGAGGAUUAUUUGUACGUACAAUGUAUGUUGAUGUACCUUACAUAACCAAAUGAGCCAAUAUUGCAAAACACACAUAAUUAACUAUUAACAUUUUUUUGUAACUACGUCCACAUUACUCCACAUUUCCC